AUGACGCCGGAAAGUGCUGAGGAAGGUCAAAGCUACCCAUUCACUGUAUUGAAGGCAAAACAAGGCAUUUUUCAAGGACAUAGAGGAAGAAGAAUACGGAAAUAUUUUAGAGAGUAUUGUGAUCACGCUGGUAUCCAUGGUCUAAGGUAUAUAGCAGAGACGAAAAGGGCGCCUACUGAGAGGUUUAUAUGGGGGAUUUUGAUAAUAAUCUCAAUAAGCGCUUGUGGUUACAUGAUAAGCCGCAUAUAUAACAAAUAUGAGAAAAGCCCGGUGAUCGUCAGCUUUGCCACGAAGGAAUCUCCAAUAUUUAGUAUACCAUUUCCAGCGGUCACCAUCUGUCCAAUCUCGAAAUCGAAUAGGACGAAACUGAACUACACCAUGGUCAUUAAGAAAAAAAUUUCGAAGGAAAUCCUGCCUCCUGAAAUAGAAUUGAGAGCUCAGUAUAUGUCGUUGGUCUGCGAAAAUGGAAGAGAACAUUUCCCAAACAAUGACACAUUCACGGAUGAUUUCUUUGUCAAACUGGACGAGGUACCAGACAAUCUACCUUUGCGUAUACCAGUGACCACCAAUAUACCCUGCAUCUUUAUGAAAAAAGUAAUGCCCUGUGAAAAGUUAUUUAAGCCUAUAAUAACCGAUGAGGGAAUAUGCUAUACAUUUAACAUGCUAGACAGGAAUGAAAUUUUUAAUGACAAUGUUGUACAUUAUACAAAUUACCACAAAAACGACGAAGUCAGCAAAUGGAAUAUCGAUGAUGGGUAUCUCGAUGCGAACGUUACCACGUUCCCAAGAAGAGCUCUAUUUUCAGGCGCUGAUAAUGCUCUUGAAAUCAUGCUACCCCAAACAGCGGAAAACAUAGACUAUUUGUGCGUUAGGGAUGUACAAGGAUACAGUUUCACACUACACACCCCUCACACAAUACCCAAUCCAAAGAAACAAUUCUACAUUAUUCCCUUCGACACAUCUGUCGUUGCUGUUGUGCAGCCAAGGAUGAUGACUACAUCACAGGGCGUCAAGGAUUACGAUCCCUUUGAUAGAAAAUGUUAUUUAGCCAGAGAGAGGCCCUUGAAAUUUUUUAAAAUCUACUCUCCAGAGAACUGUAGGUUAGAGUGUCUCGCCAACCAUACCUUGAAGAGUUGUGGGUGUGUAAAUUUUUUCAUGCCAAGGGACAACGAAACAUCCAUAUGUAGCAACAAUAAAUAUAAUUGCAUGAAAAAAUCUGAAAGACGAAUGAUGAAACUAGAAUUAAGCAACAUCAUGAACAUGACACUCAAAAAAGGCCAUGAUAUAUAUUGCAAUUGCAUGCCCUUGUGUACGGACCUUUCUUAUGAUACAGAGCAGUCGCAUACUGUGUGGGACUGGGACGAACAAUUGCGAGUAUUUCAAGCAGGAAUGCCAAAGAAAAUGAGAAAAUAUAUGAAAAUGUCGAAACUAUCCGUAUUUUUCAAACUAGAACAUUUCUGGACAACAGAAAGAAAUGAACUAUAUGGACCAACAGACUUUCUGGCCAAUUUUGGUGGAUUAUUGGGACUUUUCACAGGAUUUUCGUUGUUGUCACUUGUUGAAAUAAUUUACUUUCUUACUUUAAGAAUAUUUUGUAACAUCAAAAAAUAUAAAGAGUGGUCUGGUCUUGCUGAAUAG